UUUUUUUUUUCUACAUAACAUGUUUUCCUUUAAUCCUUUUCAUUCUUUUACAAGUAAAUCAAAUCAACAAGAUCCUGGUCUUCAACAACUCUUGGAAAAUGGAAAGAAGAUGACAUCUCAAUGGUUACUUCUUGGGGAUGAACAACGUAUUGCUGCGAAUGACUUGGUUAUAUAUGGUCGACCUUUGGGUGAUGAUUUAACAGACGUUACUAGCAAGUUAGGAAGCCUUAUGACAAAAUGGUCAGAAAUACUUGCCAAUUUUGCAGGUAGCUACGACCAAUACCAGUUGACAUUAAAAUCAAUUGCUGAAAGAGAGAGUACGCUGUAUAACAGUAGGGAAAAGAAACAAAAAUUACAAGAAAGUAUUGACAAGUUGGAACAAGAUCAUCCUGGCGCGGUAGACAAAGUGACAGAUUUGAAACGUCAACUAGCGGAAUUGAAUCAAGCAACUGAAGUAGAUGAACGUGAAAUGGACAACUUCAAACGAAUGGCAAUGCGUGAAGCAUUUUAUCUUUUACUUAAUGGGAUGCAUGAAAUGGCAAGUAAGACUGAUGUUAUUUCAUCUUUUGGGAAAUAUGUUGUGGAUGAAUUGGAUGUCACACCUGUCAAAGAAGGUGAAGAACGAAAACCAUAUCAAGGAUCGGAUCAAACAACUCGAAUUGUCAGUGAUGCUUCUUAUGCUAUGGAACACUGGAAACCUGAUGGAGCCAAAGUGAGACGAACUCUAACUUCACAUCAUGGUCGUAACCCAUUGGUAUCCAAAAACAAAGCUUUACCACCAGCACCUGUUGAAUCUGAACUUAGUACAACUAUCAAUGCAACUACUGAUUCUCAAGAUAGUAAUGAUGAUCGUACCCUUGACAACAACAAUAUUGAAGAAUCAUCAUCAUCGCCAAGUCAACCAGAAGAAGAACCAACAUCACUUUUGAAACAAGAUUCGAUUCGCUCACUUCAUAAACCUGAUGCUGUAGAGGAAGAUUUACGCGAUGAUGAUGAUCUACCUUUGGCCCCCAUGUCUCCAAGACCUCAAUCUGCCACUCUUCAAGAUUAUUCUCAAGUAUUUUCACCAUCACCUCAACAACAACAGUUUCAUGGUCAUUCUGGUGGGUUUUCUACGGUUUAUUUGGGAUUACCCGAUCAUCAAAAACUAUAUCAAUUUUACACCAACUACUCACCUCCCAAGUCCUAUGAAGAAAUGUCUCGCAUCCUCAGUCCUCAAGCAGUAUUUCAUCCAUCACCUCAACAACAACGACAAUCGGUUGGUCAAUCACCAUUAUCACCAUCAUCAUCAUCAUCUUAUCAACGUAUGGAUGCAGGUGGAUUUGCUUUACCAGGUGGAAAUCCUCCAAGUUAUCUAGUACCACAACCCUCUGUAUCCACUUCAUCAGCAACUAGUGUGACAUCAAAUGGAUCUCAAGGAUCUCGACAUGAACAAAUAUUAUCACCAUCUACAUCAUCAUCAAUAACACAAUCAUCACCUCCAUCAUCAUCUGAUCGAUAUGCAAAAUUUGAAUCCAAAGUGUCUGCAUUACGUGCCAAAUUCCAAGCAGACUGAUUUUCUUUUUUUUUUAUCUUCAUUAGAUUUAGUUAGACUUUUUUAUUAUUAUUUUAGACCUAUACCUCUUUAAUUUUUUUUUUUUGUAUGAAUAAAAUCUAUAAUUAUCCGCU